UUGCGGGAUGCACGUGUCUAUGUUUAGCUGCGUGAGGCCGCCGCAGGGUUGGGAAAGCCGUGCGGUGGAGAAACUGGCAGUGGGAUUGCCCCAGGCUGGGGAGCGGUGGGGAGGAGCCGCCGCCCUUGCCAGUUCCGGAGAGCUUUAAAUCCUCCCGAAUUCGGCAGCCCCGUGCACUCCUACCUGCCAGUGUGCAGCCUGCGUUGCUCUACACUCCCGGGACUCUUGUCAGCUGCUUUAGGUGGGCGAUGCUGUUGCUUAAUUGCAACCUGGAGGAGGAUGGCCUCAAGAAUUUGCUGGAGGCAGGCACUUCGGUCAACGCACCCCCGGAUCCCCACGAGCAGUCCCCUGUUCACCUAGCUGCAGGAGGGGGCCUUGCUUGCUUUCUUCUCUGGCAGCUGCAAACCGGAGCUGACCUCAAUCAACAGGAUAUUUUGGGAGAAACUCCACUACACAAGGCCGCAAAAGUUGGAAGCCUGGAAUGCCUUAGCCUGCUUGUGGCCAGUGAUGCCCAGAUUGACUUAUGUAAUAAGAAUGGGCAAACAGCUGAAGAUCUUGCUUGGUUGUGUGGAUUUCCAGAAUGUGCCAGGUUUCUAACAAUGAUUAAAUGUAUGCAGACAACAAAACCAUCAAGCGAAAAACCUGAGGGUCAUCCCUGUGCCCCAGUGCUGAGACAGAAACGAGGUUUCCGAAGUAUGGAGAAUAGAGCUUUGAAAAGGAAGUGUUGUGAGAUGCUGAUCUAGAGCUGGAGUUCCAGGUGGCUGUGAGCCACCUAAAGUGUGCACCCAGAACUGAACUGAACUGGGACCUGACCUUGGGUCCUCUGCAUCAAGGGCAAGAGCUCUUAACUGCUCACUCUUCAUCCCAGUACCCGGUCUUAACAGUAUAGAAGUUUAUCCUGCUCUCUUGUUUUAAGAUUUCGACAAGACAAUAUAACUGUGCUACAAAAUCUGUGAAGGAAAUGUAUCAUGUUGCAUUAGGAAGUUUAGUCAAUAGCAAAGCUUUUGUGAUUCUGUUGUAUUUCCUUUCUUCUCUACAUAGAAACAGAGUUACUCAACAGAGUUAGAAAUACUGCUGUGAGGAUCAUUAUCUUGUUAUAAUAAUACCUUGGCUUAUCUUUGUCAACAGCCAUUUCUGACUUUCUUUGCCUUGGGUCUUAAAUAUAUGUGAUACAGAUAAUUUACCUUUUCC